CUUAACCGGAGAUAGGAAAUUAAUAAUAUUGAAUCCUCAAAGUAGCCCGCGUCCAGUUAGAGAAGCAGAAAGUCGAGAAAAAAAGAAGACCUUGGAGAAAGGUGUGGUUGGUUGACACAGACGGGAAGGAGAUUUACUGGGAAGAAAAUUGAAAAGAGAGCGAUAAAGAAGUGGGGAGAGUUGGAGAGAGGGUAACAAGCAAGGUAUGAAUUCUUAUUUCGCAAACCCGCAGCUGCCCUGCCAUUUAUCCGCUGGUCAAGAUGUUCUGCCUAACGUACCCCUAAACUCCACCACCUAUGACACAGUCAGACAUUUUUCGUCGUACGGCGCCGCUGUGACCCAGAAUCGGAUAUAUGCACCUUUUUACUCUCCUCAAGAUAAUGUCGUUUUUGGGUCUGGCAGGGCACAGUAUGAAUAUGGCUCAAACGUGUUUCUUCAAGACAAGGACGUGCUCCCCAGCUGCAGGCAAACAAACAUGGGACUCAGUACACAAAACCACAUUGCUCAAGAAUACAGUUUGGAUCAAGGAAGAGGGGGAGCGCAGGAGCAGAAAAGCAACAUCCCGAUCUACCCGUGGAUGCAGCGAAUGAACUCACACAGCGCAGGAGUGGGCUACGGGACAGACAGACGCAGAGGACGGCAAAUAUACUCUCGUUACCAAACACUUGAGCUGGAGAAGGAGUUUCACUUCAACCGCUACCUGACCAGGCGCAGACGCAUAGAAAUCGCGAAUGCGCUGUGUUUAACGGAACGGCAGAUCAAGAUCUGGUUUCAAAACCGACGCAUGAAAUGGAAGAAAGAGAGCAACCUGACCUCCACGGUGACUGGAAGUGAACAGACAGCAGCCUCUCAAGAGGAGGAACGCAAUGGCGCAGUAGAAGAAGGGAAGGACGAGGACAAGAAGAAAGAAUAGUUCAAAAAGAAGUGAAAAAACAAACACCUGAUGACCAUUCAGAUCCAACAUAACUACCUAAAAUAUCUAUAUGGACAUGUGAGCGACUUCACUGCAUGAUGGCUACGCUGCAGCUCUCCCACUUAUAUGUCAUGUUGACCACAGGAGUGUUGAGCUUUAGAGAUGAUUUCAGCCACAGUAUGGCCCCUGAUGCAUUUUGGAGGGUUUGUUCUUUAUUGCAAUGUCAAACUUGUACUAUUGUGAAACUUAAAAGUAUUAUUUUCUGUUUUUCCUCAUGCCAGUAAAAUCUGUGUAGUUAUCCCCCCCACCCCAUCCAUCACUGUGAACUCUGAUCAACUCACCAAAUACUAUGUUGGUCAGACUUAACUCAGUAUUGUACAUGCACAUUCCACGGAAGGAAAGGACCGGGCGGACACUUAAUCUGAUCACAGUAUAAUCUACUACUUGAAUGGUCCGCUGAAAAGUAUCCUGCUUAAACCUGAAAGUUGCACGGAUCGUCUACAGUCACACACGCACACAAGUGAUAUGCCUGUAUAUAAUCAAAGUAACAGUAUAUUAUGUAAAUCAUGUGACGACUUAUGUACAUUUAGCCGCUUUAAUAGAUGCAUAACAUAAAACUGCGCUUAGCCCCUUUUUUGAUCAUUUGACACGAUAGAUUUUCCUCGUGAGGUCGAUUUGUACACUAGUGAUUCUUCACGUUUGUUUGGUAUUUACGAAUUCAUGUUUUGUCAUUAUUGUGUAU